AUCAUCUUUCGAUCUUCGAAACAAUCUACCGGUAAAUCUAGAUGGUUUUGUUUGGAAUACUACUUGCUACUUGCUACUUGCUACUUGCUACUUGGUACCUUUACUAAAACCCACUAACUAGUAACCGUCUAGGUAGGUGACGGGGAUACUCUACAAUUUACAAAUCACAAAAGCAAUACCUCCAGUGGCCCUCUUCCAACGACUUCAAAACCUUGAACUUAUUAAACAUCUAAACAUCCUAGACUGACAGAUGUCAAUCCAUCUUGUUUCUUUUUUCAUCUAAAUCAUAUAUGUCAACUCUUUUUCUCCACUGCUACCGGUAUCUCUAUUCCACUGUCAAGUCAAUUUGAUUACGCCUUCUGUUUUACAUGCUUAUCCCUAGCACGCACUUUUAUUCUUCAUCGACUGCUCAAACUUGUGACCGAGGUGUAAUCGGAGGAAUAAAGCUUGUUCUAGCUUGUCUCAUCGGAGCUGUUACCGAGUUGUAACUUCAUGUAUGAGUUUCAGAUCUAAAGCACAGCCAUUUGUCAAUAUCGCAUGGGUUUUAGAGUCUCGUCCAAUAUAUUGUUUACUGUAUAUUCACAUCAUCUUGUUCAUUUCCCCAAAUUUCCUGUCUUCGAAACUUUGAUUGAGAAAUUGGUUGAUCAAUUGUGAGCUGGAAGGAAACAAAGUAUUCAGUUAAACCUAUUGUUAUAGCAAGGGUUCAUCUUGCCAAAGAAUAAAGAAAAAAAGUCAAGGUAUAUCAAGAUGGUAUACUGUGGCAAGCCUUCACGUGGCUGCCAGAUGUGCAGAACUCGAAGGAUAAAGUGUGAUGAAACCAAACCCACUUGCAACCAGUGUCAAAAAUCACGACGACAAUGUCCAGGAUAUAAGGAUGACUUCGAUCUUGUCUUCCGUAAUGAGACAAAAGCUACAGAAAGACGAGCACGACGAUCAUUAAAGAAUAAGAGGGGCAGCAAUAACAACACCCAGAUCGGAUCAGUGGAUAGAGGUGAUGCAAGUCGCAAGUUUUCAAUUGUCUCUAACUCAAGUUCCGACGAUGCCGAAAUCACGUAUUCAACGACCGGAACGGAUCUGGCCAAGAUUGAAUCCGAUGGCAAUGACUCUUCAUCUUCAGAUGCCUUGGGGCUACAAGUGGCCUUCACUAGUCCUAUCGAGCAACAAGCACCAUGUUAUUUCAUGACAAAUUUCGUCAUCAUACCACAAAGCGGGCAAAUGCGAGGCUCGUUUGACUGGGUAUUACCAUUAAUCAAGAUGGAAGCUUCUGACUCGGCGUUGUCACUUUCCUUCCAAGCUGUGGCCAUGGCUUCUUUAGCAAAUAAACCAAAUGCAAGAGGAAGCAAUUUGAUGCAUUUAGCUAUUGAGAAUUACGCCAAGGCGUUGAAGGUUGUUAACUUGGCGCUACAAAAUCCAGUACAACAAAAAUCCGAUCAGACACUAGCUUCGAUUAUAUUACUGGGAUUCUUCGAAACUAUCACUCAAGAGAAAGCGAGUAUCACGGCUUGGGGAUCACAUAUUGAUGGAGCUGUACAAAUAGUGAAGAUGAGAGGAAAGAAACAGUUAAGGACGAAAGUUGGUGUUGCUUUAUUCCAAAGUGUUCGAGGACAAAUGCUUGUCAACUGUCUAUCUUCAUCCAAGACUCCCAUGCUAGGCGCCGACUGGUGGUGCGCUGAUUCUCAGAAAGAUGAAGGAGCUGCCUUUGUCAACAAAUUAAACCUACAAGUAGCCGAAUUGCGUGGCGAUCUGAAUAGAAUACUAAUGUCACAUCCCCGGUCACCGGAAACUACCGAACUAGUCACUGAGAUUAUGCAUCGUGCUCUAGAACUCGAACAAGAGUAUCAGAGAUGGGAAGAAACGCAAACAAAACAGACAGUAGCAUGGGUGGAUAAUAUCCCCGGUGGUGACAUAACAAAAGCCGAUGUGUGUCCUGGACGAGUUGACCUUUACCCUGAUGUAUUCACCUGCUCAGCAUGGAAUUUCUCCCGUGUAUCAAGGAUAUUCAUCGCUGCGAUAGUUAUUCGUUGUGCAGCUUGGACAUGCUAUCCCGUCGACUACCGAACCACGCCGGAAUACGCGCAAAUGUCGAGGAUGGGCCAGGAAAUGAUUUGUGAUAUCAUCGCUUCUAUUCCAUUUAUGUUUGGGUGGCAUCUAGAUGCCGGGGGAAGAUUGAAACCGGGAGAUCCUAUGAGUGGCAACGAUGCUACGGGUGUUAAGGCGUUGGGAGGGGUUUAUGCAAUCUGGCCGCUGUUAUCAGUUAGUUGUAGUGAUUUCACGACGGAUUCACAGAGGCUGUGGAUUAAAGGACGGCUUAAAUUCAUUUCAGAAGUCAUGGGCUUAAAUCAGGCAAAGGUCGUUAGCACUCUCCAACUCCGUCUUCCAUCUAUGAUCGUCCGUCGCGAUAACAUGGGCUACGCAUCACCGAACGCGACGAAUUCCGUUAGACCUUCAGGUAAACCAGCAAUUAUGCCCACGCUCCCCCCUUCCAUUUCGGCACUCAAUUUUCAACAACGCGAAGCUAUGAAGAGGGAAAUGUGGGAAAGGGAACGACAAGCUGCGAUGGAGAAGGUGAGGGAGGAACAGCAGCAACGACAACAACAUUUGGGAAGGAGUGUGUUGGAGACUAGUAGUGGGGAUAUAGGGGGAGGAGGAGGGGGAUUCAACGGGGUCGGAGCUAUGAAUGGAAAUGGGUUGAAUAGCAAUGUCAUGUUCCAAUAUCAACAGAGUAAAUAUGGGUUGGGUAUGAGUGGGAAUGGGGUAGGAAAUGGAAAUGGGAUGCAGAGAGCGGGAGAGAUGGGUUGGAAAAUUAGUAAUGAACAGGGAAAGAAAUACGCGUGGUUGGAGGGGUUGGGGUGGUGGGAGACGACGGUUUGA